UUCUUCCACAGAAACUUGAGAUCCCACAACGUCGACCGACAGCACCGACCGUCAUGGCUCCCUCCGCAAUCCAGAAAGCAGCACCACCCGCUAGAAAGGGGGAAACCUUGCGCGGCAAGGCAAAGGAAAAGGAUGUGCGCAUCUCCAACAUCAUCGCGGCGAAAGCCAUCGCAAACGCCAUCCGCACGAGUUUGGGACCCCGCGGCAUGGACAAGAUGAUCCAACAAGGCAAUGGCGAAGUGAUCAUCUCCAACGACGGCGCGACGAUCUUGACCCAAAUGCAAGUGUACCACCCCACGGCCAAGAUGCUUGUGGACUUGUCCAAGUCGCAGGACAUUGAGGCCGGCGACGGCACCACCAGCGUGUGUGUGAUUGCGGGGGCGCUCUUGUCUGCAUGCGAAGACUUGUUGGAGAAGGGCAUCCACCCCACGCACAUCUCGGAAGCAUUCGGGAUCGCCUCCAUCAAGGCGGAACAGAUUCUCACGGCGAUGUCCCGCCCGGUGGACUUGGCCAACCGCAACGAACUCAUUCAGUGCGUGACGACGUCGCUGUCGUCCAAGGUCAUCUCCGAGUACUCGGACCGCUUAUCUCCCAUCGCCGUGGAUGCCGUGUUGAACGUGAUCGACAUUGCCACCGCCACGAACGUCGACCUCCGUGACGUGAAGGUGGUCAAGCAGCUCGGCGGCACCAUCGACGACUCGCAACUGAUCAACGGGUUGGUCUUCUCCAAGGGCUUUGAAAAGACGAGCGGCGUGGACAUGCCCACGAUGAUUGAAAACGCCAAGAUCGCAUUGAUCCAGUUUUGCUUGUCGGCGCCCAAGACGGACAUGGAGAACAACGUUGUAAUCAACGACUACUCGGCGAUGGAUCGCAUCCUCCGCGAAGAGCGCAAGUACAUUUUGAACCUGUGCAAGCAAGUCAAGAAGGCUGGCGUCAACGUACUGCUGAUCCAAAAGUCCAUCUUGCGCGACGCGACCAACGACUUGAGUUUGCACUUUUUGGCCAAGAUGGGUAUCCACGUGAUCACUGAUAUUGAGCGCAACGACAUUGAGUACAUCAGCACGACGCUCGGCUGCCUCCCCGUCGCGCACAUCGAGUCUCUCACACCCGACAAGCUUGGCACGGCCGGCCUCGUACAGGAAGAAUCGCUGGGAGGCCACAAGGUGGUCAAGAUCACGGAAGUGGUCAAGCCAGGCAAGACCAUGUCCAUCUUGGUGCGCGGAUCCAACAAAUUGGUGCUGGAAGAGGCCGAGCGCUCGCUGCAUGAUGCGCUGUGUGUGGUCCGGUCGUUGGUGAAGAAGCGCUUCCUCAUUUGCGGCGGCGGGGCCCCUGAGAUCGAGGUGGCGCUGCAGUUGGCCGAGUAUGGCCGCACGCUGGAAGGCACGGCGGCGUACUGCUUACAAGCGUUUGCCGAUGCGCUGGAAGUGAUCCCGUACACACUGGCGGAGAACGCGGGGCUGCACCCGAUCGGCAUCGUCACAGAACUCCGCGCCAAGCACGCGGCGGGCGACAAGGCCGCGGGCAUCAACGUCCGGAAAGGCGGUAUCAGCAACAUGUACGACCUGAACGUGCUGCAGCCGCUGCUGGUCAACACGAGCGAGAUCAGUCUGGCGGCUGAAUGCGUGCGCAUGAUCCUCAAGAUUGACGACAUUGUCAUGGUGCGUUAGAGCAGCGUACGUAGGUGGGGGUAUAAGCAGGUGAAGGAGAUGACACUAAGUCGCAUGGGUUUGUGUGACACUGUGGCUACCACAGUGUAAAAGAGAUAAGUUUAUCUCGAUCGCAAAUGACAGUAAUUACUGUAAUGCCAACCGCACCAGACCUACGGCACAUGUAUUAGUCCAG